AUGCACACCAAAUCCCUCUUCUUCAUAUACUCCAUCGCCUCUCUUUUUCUCUGCAUAAUCCUCAAUUUCUCCCACAGAACAUCCCAUCCACGCAACAUUAAUCCUUCUCCCUCCUCAAUGGCCAAAAUCAAGGACACCUUCUACAUCUCCCACGGCUCACCUACGCUCUCCAUAGACGAUUCCCUCCCGGCCCGACAUUUCCUCAAAUCCUUCCAGCACAAAGUCCUCCACGACCGCCCCGCCGCCAUCCUCAUCGUUUCCGGCCACUGGGAGACCUCCGACCCCACGGUCAACGCCGUCUCUGGCCCUUGCGAGACCAUCCACGACUUCUACGGGUUCCCCGACCAGAUGUACGACCUCCGCUACCCGGCUCCGGGGUCGCCCCAGCUGGCCGCCAAGGUGAAGCAGCUUCUCGAGGGAUCCGGGAUCGGGCCUGUCCACGUGGACCGGAGGCGCGGGCUGGACCACGGCGCGUGGGUCCCGCUCAUGCUGAUGUACCCGGCGGCGGACAUCCCCGUGUGCCAGCUGUCCGUCCAGACCCACCGGGACGCCGCCCACCACUACCGUGUCGGGCAGGCGCUGGCGCCGCUCAAGGACGAGGGGGUCCUCAUAGUCGGGUCAGGGGCCGCGACCCACAACCUAAGGAAGAUGGGCCGGGCCGGGGGCGGGGUGGCGGGGUGGGCCGAGGAGUUCGACAGCUGGAUCAAGGCGGCCUUGGAGGAGGGGAGGUACGAGGAUGUGAACGAUUACGAGGCCAAAGCCCCGCACGCGAGGGUGGCCCACCCGAGGCCCGACCAUUUUUACCCGCUCCACGUGGCCAUGGGGGCGGCAGGGGAGAACACCAGGGGCUACCUCGUCCACCACAGCUGGAGCUACCAGACGCUUUCCUACGCAUCCUACAAAUUUACAGACAAGGAAUAA